GGGAGCCCUGGAGGUCAUUCCCGGCACAGCUCUCUUAUGGCCGACCGGGCCAAACAGAUGUUUGGUCCUCCCGUUAUAACUGGCCGUCAUUACCCGACACAGCCAUCCUUCAGUCCCACCGCGGCAGAACAUGGCCAGUACCAGACCAGCCAGUCAGGUCACAGCCCCUAUACCGUCGGCCAGUCACAGCACAGCUUUGGGGCAGCCCAGGCCGGACCAGUCAGCUAUACAGGCAGCCAGUCUAUCAGAGGUCCUUCUGCUUUCCCAACCAUGCAGUACCUGUCUCACCAACAGCAGGGAUAUGCAGUUCAUGGUCAUUAUACUGGAGCUCAUGCAGGGUUCAUCCCCCAGCAGUGGCAUUCCUCUCCAGAAGCAGCUUGAACACGCCAACCAGCAGUCCGGCUUCACCGAUUCU